UGGCAACAGCGCCGCGACACGGCGAUUUCCUAAAGCGCGGGCCGUCAAUUCGCCGGCAGCCAUUUUCGAAGAGCGAAGCGCACGUGAAACGACUUUUAAAUUAUCUAUAAAUUUUUGGCAAAAACGGAAAAAUGUUGAGCGCGGCGCGAGUUUUCAGUAAAGCCGCGGUCCAAUGCACCAGGCAACCUGUUGGUUUCACAAGUAAAAAUGGUUUCGGCCAUCUACUGAACACGAAUAUAAGCCCCGGCUUGAUCGCCAAACCCAGAUACGACCAGAUGCGAUACAAGUCUGAAGGGGUUAGGGGGGCCGUGAUCGGCAUCGAUUUGGGGACUACCAAUUCUUGCGUCGCGGUUAUGGAAGGCAAACAGGCAAAAGUUAUUGAGAAUUCUGAGGGCUCCCGAACUACGCCUUCGGUGGUCGCGUUUACCAAAGAUGGGGAGCGUUUGGUCGGCAUGCCUGCCAAGAGACAAGCUGUCACAAACUCUGCAAACACAUUUUAUGCUACCAAGAGGCUGAUUGGUAGACGAUUUGAGGAUCCCGAAGUUAAAAAAGAUAUGAACAACGUUUCAUACAAAAUCGUGAGAGCCAGUAAUGGAGACGCGUGGGUCCAAGGUUCCGACGGUAAAAUGUACUCUCCCAGUCAAAUCGGCGCAUUUGUCUUAAUUAAAAUGAAGGAAACCGCGGAAGGUUACCUAAACACCAAAGUGAAAAACGCUGUCGUCACUGUGCCCGCGUACUUCAACGAUUCCCAAAGGCAGGCGACCAAAGACGCGGGCCAAAUAUCGGGCCUCAACGUCCUGAGGGUAAUCAACGAACCCACCGCGGCCGCAUUGGCUUACGGCAUGGAUAAAGCCGAAGACAAAGUCAUCGCCGUUUAUGACUUGGGCGGCGGUACCUUCGACAUAUCAAUCCUCGAGAUCCAAAAGGGCGUGUUCGAGGUGAAAUCUACCAACGGCGACACAUUCCUCGGCGGCGAGGACUUUGACAACCUCCUCGUGAACCAUUUGGUGUCGGAAUUUAGAAAGGAACAGGGCAUCGACGUCACCAAGGACGCGAUGGCGAUGCAACGGCUCAAGGAGGCGGCGGAAAAGGCCAAGAUCGAGCUGUCGUCCAGCCUGCAGACGGACAUCAACCUGCCCUACCUGACGAUGGACGCGUCCGGACCGAAACACAUGAACCUCAAGCUAACCAGGGCGAAGUUUGAGAGUUUGGUGGGGGACCUGAUCAAGAGGACGAUUUCGCCGUGCCAGAAGGCGUUAAAGGACGCGGAGGUGACCAAGUCCGACGUGGGUGAGAUUUUGCUUGUCGGCGGUAUGACGAGGAUGCCCAAGGUGCAAAGUACUGUGCAGGAGAUAUUCGGCAAGCUACCCAGCCGGGCGGUGAACCCAGACGAGGCGGUCGCCGUCGGGGCAGCCGUCCAGGGCGGCGUCCUCGCCGGCGACGUGACCGAUGUCCUCUUGCUGGACGUCACGCCCCUAUCUCUCGGCAUAGAAACGUUGGGCGGUGUGUUUACGCGCUUGAUUAACCGCAACACCACCAUUCCGACCAAAAAGUCGCAGGUGUUCUCGACGGCGGCCGACGGCCAGACCCAGGUGGAAAUCAAGGUGCAUCAGGGCGAGCGUGAAAUGGCAAGCGACAACAAGCUGCUCGGUCAGUUCUCGCUGGUGGGCAUCCCGCCCGCGCCGAGGGGCGUUCCCCAGAUCGAGGUUACCUUCGAUAUUGACGCCAACGGCAUCGUGCACGUGUCGGCCAGGGACAAGGGUACCGGGAAGGAGCAGCAAAUCGUCAUACAGUCGUCGGGCGGCCUUAGCAAGGACGAGAUCGAAAACAUGGUGAAGAACGCGGAGCAAUACGCGCAACAGGACAAGGUCAAGAAGGAGAGGGUAGAGGCGAUCAACCAGGCGGAAGGCGUGGCUCACGACACCGAAACCAAAAUGGAGGAAUACAAGGCCCAGUUGCCCGAGGAGGAGCGCAACAAACUGCAAGAAGAGCUGGCCAAACUGAGGGAGCUGCUGGCGCGCAAAGACGACGCCGAUCCCGAGGAGAUUCGCAAAGCGACCACGCAGCUGCAGCAAUCGUCGCUGAAGCUGUUUGAGAUGGUGUACAAAAAGAUGGCGUCCGAGAGGGACGGGGCUAGCAGUAGCGGCGAACAGCAACAGCAGCAGCAGACGGACGAGCCGAAGGAGAAGAAGGAGGAGAAAAAUUAAAAUUUAAAAAUAUUGUACGUUUCGUGGUGUGAGUGCGAUUCGGUGCAUCGCUAGGGGUGGGCGUGCCGCGCGCACAAUUCGACUGAUGCAAAAAGACAGGGUGGGGCGGACACGAGAGACGCACGAUUGUUUUAGUAGUGUACAGGAAGGUGGCGUCCCGGUCGGUUGCCGUUAGUUGUCGGGACGGCCAUCUUCGGUAUUUUUUUUAACCGAAAUCUCUGUGUUAUGAAUUUUGUUAAUAUCGAAAAUUAUUCGUAAUAUAUUUGUAGAAA